AUGGACCCGAUAACGCAUACACCAGACGCUAGUGCGUCAGCGACACUCGUAGACCCCUCGCCUCGCGAUGGUACACCGGAAAGACCGUGCGCGUGUCCCACACAGCCGAGAAACAAGCGCCCCGAACCUAGGCCCCCCGUUCCUCCACCAGUCGUACCGGAUACCACAACCGGUGUAGAAGUCAUUGUGGCUACUACCUCCUCUGACGUUGCGACUCAAGCUGGGGCUGUAAUGUCACCGCAUGCGUCUGCAAAGUCGUCCACGGAGGAGGAGGAGAAGGGUGAGCUCCGUCCAGAAAUCAUGACGGUCCCCGUCGUUCUUGUGAGAGCAUCUCACGCUGGCGGACUUGCAGUGCCGUUAAAUUCCGACUGA